UUAAAUCUGCCGGUCAACUAGAGGUACUUCCUAGCUGGCUACCAUCCUCCGUAGGCGGAAAAUCCUGUAUUCAAGGCAGGUCUGAUCACAAUUUUCAUUUUCGGCUGAACCCGGAAGUAAGUUGCAGGCGUGCUGUUGAGGUCAUAGUGCACACGGGUCAGCUUUAGUCAGCUCCACGUGAUAGUCAUACGGUGUGCGGCUCUCACACAAAUAAGAUACCUGGUCGGUCAAAGUUCGCGGUGCACGACAGGGUCUAAAGAUCAGUGCUUGGUACAUGUAUGCGAUGAACGUUGGCGUGAACUAUCGAGUGUUUUCGACGGAGUAGGGGGCAAUAAGGUACGUGCCGGACAACCGUUAAAAAGGAACAAUUUACGACAAGGUCAUUGACCUGCCGACCUCAAGAUGGCGACCGGACAGGAGUUCACCUUGACGGAGGAGGACGUAGACAACAUCGAGGACGAUGAUUUGGAAAACGUCAUAGAGCUACUGGAGACGUACGAGAUUAACUAUGACGGGCUGGACACCGUUCCUGAGCUCAAGGAGCUGCUCAAGCAGAAGUGCCGAGAGGAGGAAGCGGCGAAGUCAGGACUACAGGAACAGGAAACGGCCACGUCUGUUAUGAAGAUGUUGAUAGAAGAUGACAAAAGAAAGCGAGAGGAGCUGAUUCAGACUUGCGAAGACCUAUCAAGCUUUCUGGCGAACCUGGACGAACAGACGAAAGAAGAAGCAGAAGCUAACAUCCCUGGGUACGAGACCCAGCUGAGGCAGCAGAUUGAAAACCUGUCGAAAGGCGACUGUCCCAUCCUCGUCGCUGGUGAGACGUCUGCGGGUAAGAGCAGUCUGUUAAACCUACUGCUGGGGGAGGAGGUGCUGCCGUACUCUCACCUGUCCUCAACUUCCGUUAUCUGCGAGCUCAAGAACGGACAGGACAAACGGGUGGUGGUGCACAGGUGGCAGCCUGGCGAUGACGGGAGGUACGUGGUGGAGUUUAAGCUGACUCCUGACGUGCCGUACCACGACCAGCUGGCGCAGUACGUGCAUCAGAAGGGGGACAGGGACCUGCCGUCUGAGGUCAAGAUGAUAGAGAUUUUCUGGCCCAUACCCAUCCUGCAGGGUGAUAUCUUCAUCGUAGACAGCCCAGGCGUCGGGGAGAACGAGAGGAUGACGCAACAGGUCAUGGAGUACAUCCCACAGGCCUUUGCGUUUAUCUACGUCAUCAACAGCGCCAACGCAGGAGGAGUGCAGGAGGAUAGGCUCCAAAAACUCUUGAGGACCCUCAUCGAAAAGAAGUCUACAAAAGAGCUGCAGGCGUUUCACCCGAAGUCGUCCAUCUUCAUCUUCAACAAGUGGGACCAAGUCCCGAAGAAGGAGGAGGAGGAAGUGAAGGAGAAGAUGGUGGAGAAGCUGAGGAACUGUUGGAAAGGACUGGACCCCGAGUCGCAGGUGUUCUACUUAUCUACCAUCCAGGCGGCCAGAAUGCUGAAGGCAGGGGCGGGACCCACCGAGGAUUUCCGGCGACUGUUGGACGGGUUUCACCGAUUGGUACCGGAGGGGCUCAAGUCACGACUGCUGGCGCACUACAGGUAAGAAGUUACGUCAACA